CAGGCUGCAGCCCAUGUGCUGCUUCGACACGAUGUCCAUCUAGACGGAACACACUACCAUGCCAGGAAACCAGGCGGCCUUCAUCCAUCCUAUGCAGCAUUCAACCCUUCUGUUACAACAAAGGACUUCCCUCUCUCACGAAGAGUUGCCUUUUUUUCAUGUGGAUUGAAUCAAAUACUCCUGCAGAUUGCCAUGCAAGACCAUCUUGAUGGAGGGAUAUCAAUUCUCAUCUGCUGCCCAGGUUUCAAGGCUGACACCACACCCUCUCCAGAAGAGGUGGCACUUGACUUAUAUGUCACUUCAUGCGAGCUGCAGGAG